GUCUUCCAGCUGGUGAGGUUCCGAGAGACUCGUUGCUCCUGAUUGAGCAAACUGAGUUUGCGUGCAUGAUUUCUUCAGAAGUAGACGUCAGAUUGUGGGGUUCACGGUCAUUUGACAGCGUAUUUCUGGAACUCUGCGUCGUGAAUGCUGACAAGGGCGCAGUGGAUGUUGCCACUCUCUGCAGUCGCAUCACGAAGGCAGCCUUGAGGGGCAAUCGUGUUUUGGCCACGAGGGCAAUGCUCUUCCAAGACAAAGCAGAUUUGUUUCCGGGAUGUGACUUUGUGGUUGGCUAUGACACAUACAGGCGCAUCUUGAACCCGAAGUACUACGCCCCAGCUGGUGCCAAAGCAGACAGCAGCCCGGAGGAGUAA